CUUUCCUCACGAAACGUAAGUACAUCAUACAUUCAUCAGUAUCCUCUUUUUAUUAUUAUAUAAACUAUAAUAAUGUUUUCAAUUUUGUUAAUGGAAUAAUUGAUUAAGAAUAAAAAUGAUAGAAGUAUAUAUUUCAAAAAAUAACAAUAAUAUAGAUAUGAGGGACUCCAGAACAUGUCAGAGUCAGUGUUUGUGGGACUGUGUGAGAUAGUGGGGACCUCACAACUCGUGGCUAUCAGGAGGGAGACAGAGGACAUCAGGGAGAUGGUGGACAGACGAGUGACACCUAAUGAUGGGAUGAUUGAGAUGGUGAGUGGAAGUAAGAGAGAAGGAUUGAGACUGAAGGGAUCAGAUCUGGACUUUAUGUACUGGCCAAACAACCACCGAGUGAUCAUGGACAUGUCUCAGUCUGAGUAUUACAACACAGCUAAUACAACCUUGAUUCUCUCUGAUAGUUCUGAGAGUCCACCAGGAUUCACUUUACUUCAGUUACUGACACCAACGACAUACAGAGAAGUCCAAUCAGCAUGUGUCAGAAUGAAUGGCAGAGUCUAUAUAUCUAGUUCUAUAUGGAGACAGUUAACUUGUUCAGCAAUAAUGCCUAAUUCUACUGUCCAUGGACCCUGUGGUAGUGGUGUUAGUGGAGGAGUAGAAUAUGACACUGCCCACUGUUUUGUUUGUGACUUUUGGCCUCUGUCUGCCUCCUCAUGGAUAGAUAGAUGUCACUCAUGGCCUGAUCCUGAAGUUGUUCAUGAUAUUGUCAGAAAUGGGUGUCAUUUUGUAGCAAUAGGACACCCAUUAGGACCAAAUGAAAACAUAGCGUCGAGAAUUUCUUUUUCUGUGGCAGAAUAUAAACUUGUGUAUUCAAUGAACCACAGUCAAUUUUUAACAUAUGGGUUGUUAAAACUUUUCCUAAAGGAAGUCAUAAAUCAUCAAUCAGAAGAAACCAAUAAACUGUUGUGUUCCUAUCACAUGAAGACAACCGUUUUCUGGGCCAUUCAACAAAACACACUACCUCACUGGUGUCCACAAAAUCUCCUGGCCGGUUUCUGGGUCUGCUUUAAACUCCUACUUAAAUGGGUGUCUGAGGGAGUUUGUCCGAACUUUUUCAUCCCACAAAACAACAUGUUUUUGACAAAGGUCUAUGGACCAGCACAAAACAGAUUGUUCCUACAGUUACAUGAACUGUACAAGAAAGGUCUGGCCUGUCUGUUACAGAGUUCCUCUAUCAGGGCCUUCAUCAUUAAUGUCCUGUACAAUCCUAGACUUUUUAUUUGUACAGAUGAAAGAUUAAUGAGGAGUGAAGUUGAUUAUGAUGUAGAACUUGUUAAUGAGACCUCUUACAUUAUUGUAACUAGGACAAAUAGCCAUAACAAAUACAUACACAUAAUAGAACAGUUGGUAGAGUCAUCCCUGACACACUAUCAAGCUGUUACAUUACAGAGACUUACAGCCUUCAUAUUUCAGAUUAUUGCCUUUACAUUGCACAACAUAUGUGUCAACAAACAGAUGUAUAUUGCAGACAAACUGUCAUGUCACAUGCUGAAAUUAGCAGCCAAGUUUGGGUGUGUAUCUGACAUGUUGUACAUUGCCAUGUAUUAUUACAAGACAUUCAGAUGCAGGGAAGCUUUAUUUGUUAUAGAGAUGACAAAGGUCAAGUUAGCACAACCAUAUCUGAUGUAUAAUGUACAUGUGGACAGAGAGAGGUAUACUGAGGCUGUAGGGGGACAGUCCUGGUCUACAAAGAUGAGACAGGCUGUAGCACAGGAUAUCAGACUUGACAACACAAUCUGUUAUAUCAGUGAACUAAUACCAGAACAACAGUCGGCUCUACAGAACAGAGAGUAUACAUUAGAUAUCCCAGUGUUUGUAAUGUUACACUUCCUAGAGUUCUUGUGUCACAGACACAUUGAUAUGACAUUAUCACAAGCAGCUGUAGAUGAGCUACAGGUCCUAGUCCACCAUGAUCAGGGAAUGUAUAUAUAUGAUAUAUCCAGAGACAUCUCCUGGGAGAUCCUGGGGAUCUGUCAACAGAUCACAGGGAACCUCCAGGCUGCUCUAUACUCAUACCAACAGUCACUCACACAGCAUCCAAUGAACAGAAUACAAAGUGCUACACAGAGGAGAAUACAUGAUAUGGUUCAGUCUACACCACACCAGUAAAUAAACCAGUAUGGUGGAAUAUUAGACCAAGAUUGAGAAGUCAUCAACAAAAACAACAUUUACACUAACUUUUUUAAUUAGUUCUACUGUAGUAAUAUAUAAGGAAAAAAAUUCAAAUACGUACACAAUGACACUCCUUACAAUUGUACAUUUUUUGCAUUCAUCCGUAAAUUGUUACAAAAGGAUAGUUUUUUUUCUGCCAGGGUUGGAAUUAUUAUGAUAAUUCAUAAUCUUAAUAUCAAGGAUUUGCUAAUUUAUUACUAGAAAUCUCAAAGUGCUCUCCUUGAUUGCAACUUAAAGAUACAAUAUAUAUCAAAUUAUAAUGCCCUAGGCCUAUAUCUCCUCUCAGCCUAUCAAAUCACCUGGCACAAAUCAAGACCAAUACUGAGUCUAUCAAAUCACCUGAACCAAAUCAAGAACAAUACUCAGUUUAUCAAAUCACCUGAACCAAAUCAAGACCAACAAUCAGCCUAUCAAAUCACCUGGCUCAAAUCAAGACCAACACUCAGCCUAUCAAAUCACCUGGCUCAAAUCAAGACCAACACUCAGCCUUUCAAAUCACCUGGCUCAAAUCAAGACCAACAUUCAGCCUAUCAAAUCACCUGAACCAAAUCAAGACAAACACUCAACCUAUCAAAUCACCUGAACCAAAUCAAGACCAACAUUCAGCCUAUCAAAUCACCUGAACCAAAUCAAGGCCAAUACCGAGUCUAUCAAUUCACCUGACAUAUCAAGACCAAUACCGGAUCAACAUUCAGCCUAUCAAAUCACCUGGCACAAAACAAGACCAAUACCGAGUCUAUUUAAUCACCUGACACAAAUCAAGACCAACAUUCAGCAUAUCAAAUCACCUGGCUCAAAUCAAGACCAACACUCAGCCUAUCAAAUCACCUGGCUCAAAUCAAGACCAACAUUCAGCCUAUCAAAUCACCUGAACCAAAUCAAGACCAAUACUGAGUCUAUUAAAUCACCUGACACAAAUCAAGACCAAUACCAAGUCUAUUAAAUCACCUGACACAAAUCAAGACCAAUACCGAUGUCUAUCAAAGCACCUCGUACACCAGAG